AUGUAUUUUAUCGUGAUACUCGCUACAACUGUACUUAGUUUUAUAACAUUUACAUAUUUAUUAUUUAAAAAUAGUUAUAGAACAUGGGAGAAAUUGAAAGUACCGUAUGUUACACCAAAAUUUCCAUUUGGUAAUUUUAAUUUACCAACAAAAAGUCAACAUUUUGGUAUACAAUGUCAUCAAUUGUAUGAGAAAUUGAAGGGGAAAGAUCAAUAUGCUGGAAUAUAUUUAUUUAAACAACCAAAUUUAUUGGCAUUGCAUCCAGAUUUUGUUAAAUUAAUUUUAGUUGAUGAUUUUAAUACAUUCAAUGAACGUGGUUUAAAUGUUGAUCUAAAACAUGAUCCAAUUACAGAAAAUAUAUAUUUUUUAUCUGGAUCUGAAUGGCGUAAUAUGAAACAAAAAUUAUUAAAUGGUUUUACAUCAAAUCGUAUGCGUACAAUAUUUAAAACAUUAUCUGAAGUUGGUGAAAAAUUUGAAGAAUAUUUAAUUACAUCUGAUCUACAAGGUAAUGAAUGUAAUAUAAAAGAUAUUAUGACAGGUUAUACAGCUGAUGUAUUAAGUUCAUGUUUAUUUGGUACCGAUGGUGAUAGUAUUGGUAAUACAAAUUCUGAAUUUUGUAUUGCUAGCCGUAAAUUAUUAAUGAAUUCAUCAAAAUAUCAUAAUGCUAUAAAAUUUUGGGCAAUUAUGUUUCCAGAAACAGCUAAAAAAUUAGGUUAUUGUAUAUUUGAUAAACAAUCAACGAAAUUUUUUGAACAAAUGUUACAUAAAACAAUCGGUUUCCGUAAAGAGAACAAUUUACAUAGAAAUGAUAUAUUACAAACAAUGAUAGAAUUAAUGGAUCAUAACGAUGAAUAUGGUUUGGCAAUAACAUUUGAUGAAGUAAUUGCCAAUAUUAUAAUAUUUUUUUAUACAUCAUAUGAAUCAUGUACAAUAACAAUGUCAUAUGUUCUAUAUCAAUUAGCACAAAAUCGUGGUAUACAAACACAAUUACGUUGGGAAAUUGAACAGAUAUUAAAUCAAUUUGAAGGUAAAUUAAAUUAUGAUUCAUUAGGACGAAUGCAAUUACUUGAACGUGUUAUAUUAGAAAGUUUAAGAAUGCAUCCACCAAUACCAAUAAUACAACGUAUUGCAAAAGAACGUUAUCAAUUACCAAAUGGUUCGAAAAUUCCACGUGGUACACAUGUACUAAUAUCAGUUUUAGGUAUACAUUAUGAUUCAGAAUUAUAUCCGAAUCCAAAUAAAUUUGAUCCAGAUCGUUUUAUACCAGAAAUUGUUGCAAAACGUCAUCCAUAUAGUUAUUUACCAUUUGGUGAAGGUCCACGUAUUUGUAUUGGACAACGUUUAGCAAUGUUAAUUAUUAAAAUAGGUUUAGUAAGUAUAUUAAGAAAAUAUAGUUUUGAUAUUGGUGAUAAAACUCAAAUACCAUUAAAAAUUGAUACAACAUCAAUGACAUUAUUGGAACCGGAAAAUGGUAUUUGGUUAAAAUUGAAUGCUGAUACUAAAUUACGUAAUUAGAACCGUUAUAUA